GUGAAACUCUGUCUCAAACAAAAACAAAACAAACAAACAAAAAACGUGGUUAGAAUAGUACAUUUUAUGUUGUAUGUAUUUUACCAAAAUUAAAAAAGAAGUCAAAAUAGUUUAAAUAAAACAAGAACAAUUAUAUGACUAUAGUCUUACAUCUGUAGUAGGAAUGGGCCAAGCAGAAUACAAAAUUCCCAAAGGCCUUUUAAAAUACACUGGUGAGAUACUACUUAGCCCAGGGCCUGGUGGCUAGGCUGGUUCUCUCCUUUCCAAUUAGAGGUCUCUGCCACUAACAUGCUCCACCAGAUCAUCGGUCAGGCUAAGAAGCAUCCAAGCUUGAUCCCCCUCUUAGUAUUUAUUGGAGCUGGAGGUACUGGAGCAGGACUGUAUGUCUUGCGUCUGGCAUUGUUCAAUCCGGAUGUUAGUUGGGACAGAAAGAAUCACCCAGAUCCCUGGAACAAACUGGGUCCCGAUGAUCAAUACAAGUUCUACUCAAUGAAUGUGGAUCACAGCAAACUGAAGAACGAAGGUCCAGACUUCUAAAUGAAAUGUUUCACUACAAAGCUGCUUUAGACCGAAGGUCUUCCAGAAUUCAUCCGCACAAUUUUCCACUUCACUAGGAAAUAUUUCUCCUCUAAAUGAAUGAAAUCAUGUUGAUGUAACCUAUUGGAGAUUACACUGAUUAAUAAAUAACUGAAACUUGAAAAAAUAAUACACUGGAAGUCAUUCUACAGUGAUCCCAUCCACCAAAUAAACUUCAGAUAUAAGACUCUGGAAGAUGCCACUUGGUUCCAGUUCUCCAAACUCUGGAAUUAAGCCAGGGAAAGAAGUAAAAAUGUUUAGAAACAUAGUGUUUCUAUACAGGACGGUAGGAUUUAGGAAGGCCCAGGGUCAUCUGUAAACUUUUCCCUCCUUCCAAAGAUUAAUGCUGUAAAACAUUUGUAUUAAAUAAUACUUCAGUACUGUACCGACGUCUGGACCAACUUCUUUCUGUUCUGGGGAACAGAUGUUCCCUGUUUAUCAUUGUCUUCUAGUGUUUCACUGGUUUUUGAUGCCCUCAUUUUAUUUCUCCAGGAUUAUUUGUUUUCUUAUUCUUUUUUAGAGCAGUUCUUAGUCAAAACUUCUUGAAAAUUCAAAUAAAUAUGUUUGCUGAGUUUCCUUUGCCUUAAGUUUUAAAAACUCUUUUAGAGAACCCUUCUGGCAGGUUACAGUGGCUGAUCUGAUUGAUAAGCUUGCUCCUGGCCAGUUUCCUGUUGGUUACCCGACCCAGCUACGGGUUCUCCAACAACCCAUGUUCGUAGAGGUGGGCUGCAGGAACCUCACUCAUCUGUAUUUGCUUUUAUCCUAAAGUUUCACAGAGGUGACAUAUGACAUUUUGCCUCACAAAGAGUUGCAAUUGUUAAAGGCAAUAUUGUAUUUCCUUUUGUGUUUUGGCCCCAUUUGCCCUUCUUACAGAAUUUUAGUUGUGUCAACGCCAAACAGCUGAUGGACUUUGAAAUCACUCUGCAAUUUUCAUCUUUUGAUACUUCUAGCUCAUUGCGUUUUAAAAACUUAGUCUCCCUUGGGGAAAAAAGCCAUAGAAUGCUCCUAGUAUCUUCUGCAAAUAAAGGACCUACACCAAAAAAUUCAGGCUCUUUAAAGUCUCAUAUUCCUCACUGAGCGGGUUCUGACGACUCUCUUUGCAAAACCACCGCACAGACUUCUGGUGGCCUGGCAGCACCUUUGAACAAGAUCAUCUCAGCAAAGCAAAGGACAGGGCUGCUCUGUACAGAAUGCAAUAGCAAAUAAGAAAGGCUGAACUUCACCGGCCUUCUAUUUGGCAAUACUACAGAGUGCCUCCCUUCCCUGUUCUGAGAGAAACAGAGGACGAUUUCAGCACAGAAGGCCGUGCGCGUUCGCUUGGAAAUCUAGGUCACAACCUUGACUUUGGGAAAACCAGGGUGGCCUACCUGAAACUGUCCAAUCCCCCGGCAUCGUGGACACGUCCCCAUGUCCCUCAAGAUGUCUGUUCUGGUCUGAGCCGUCCGUAGUGUCCAGGAAAAG